GCUGCCACUUACCCCUGUCCUUAAUCCCCUUCGCUGGCCCCUGAAUUCCGGGCGGCCACGUCCUGGGCACUGAUCCGGGUGUUGGUCUCUCCCCUACUCGGAUCAUAUCCCAGGAAUGCCCUAACCUCACCCCGAGCCUGGGAUUCUGACCCGAAGACUGGAAGUUGACAAGUUGGCUGCCUUGCCUGAGGAUCGGUCUUCUCUCACCAUCUCGCUUUCUCCCCCAGGAUCGUCGCGGGGCCGCCCGGGGCCGCUGCUGACCUCUGGCAGAGCAGAGCCAAAAUGUCCCCGGAAUCCAAAAAGCUUUUCAACAUCAUUAUUUUAGGAGUUGCCUUUAUGUUUAUGUUCACUGCCUUUCAAACUUGUGGAAAUGUGGCGCAAACCGUCAUCAGGAGCUUAAAUAGCACCGAUUUUCACGGCAGUGGAUAUACCAGCAUGGCAAUUAUUUAUGGCGUGUUCUCUGCUUCAAAUUUGAUCACACCCUCAGUGGUUGCCAUUGUAGGACCACAACUCUCCAUGUUUGCCAGCGGUUUGUUUUACAGCAUGUACAUUGCCGUUUUUAUCCAGCCUUUCACGUGGUCCUUCUACACAGCAUCUGUGUUUAUUGGAAUUGCAGCUGCUGUGCUUUGGACAGCACAAGGAAACUGCCUGACAAUAAAUUCAGAUGAGCACACUAUUGGGAGAAACAGUGGAAUUUUCUGGGCACUCUUACAAUCUAGCUUGUUCUUUGGAAAUCUCUACAUAUAUUUUGCCUGGCAAGGGAAAACUCAGAUAUCAGAGAGUGACCGAAGAACAGUGUUUAUAGCCCUAACAGUGAUCAGCCUUGUGGGAACAGUUCUGUUCUUUCUCAUUCGGAAACCAGAGUCUGAAAAUGUCCUUGGAGAAGAUGAGUCUUCUGAUGACCAGGACCUGGAAGUCAACGAGUCUGCCCAGAACAAUGUGACAAAGGCAGUAGAUGCAUUUAAAAAGUCUCUUAAGUUAUGUGUCACCAAGGAGAUGCUCCUUCUUAGUGUUACAACUGCUUACACAGGUCUGGAAUUGACCUUCUUCUCUGGUGUGUAUGGAACCUGUAUUGGGGCAAUAAACAAGUUUGGAACAGAAGAGAAAAGCCUCAUUGGACUCUCUGGAAUUUUCAUCGGCAUUGGAGCAAUUUUAGGCGGAAGCCUCUUUGGCCUGCUGAGCAAGAAUAAUCGUUUCGGUAGAAACCCAGUUGUCCUGCUGGGCAUCCUGGUUCACUUCAUAGCUUUUUACUUAAUCUUUCUCAACAUGCCCGGAGACGCCCCCAUUGCCCCUGUGGAGGGGACCAACAGCAAUGCGUACAUCAGGCCCAGCAAAGAAGUCGCCAUUCUCUGCAGUUUUCUGUUGGGUCUGGGAGACAGCUGCUUCAAUACCCAGUUGCUCAGCAUCCUGGGCUUUCUGUAUUCGGACGACAGCGCCCCAGCCUUCGCCAUCUUUAAGUUUGUACAGUCCAUCUGUGCAGCUGUGGCAUUUUUCUACAGCAACUACCUUCUCCUUCACUGGCAACUCCUGGUCAUGGUGCUAUUCGGGUUUUUUGGAACUAUUUCAUUUUUCACUGUGGAGUGGGAUGCUGCUGCUAUUGUGGCCCGGGGCUCUGACUACCGAAGUAUUUGAUGAGCUGUGGUGAGGGGAGCCGAGAGUCCUCAGAAUGCACAGCUGGUCACAGAGUGGGUGGAAGAAGCUGCCUCAUCGUCACAGACAUCAGAUCACGUUGAGUACGGAAAAUCAAAGAAUUAAGACUGUUAAAUCAGCCAGAGUUGGUGUGAAAGUUUACAGCUGCUAGUUAUGUCAACAAGUGGAAUAAGGGAAUCCUAUCUGUCAGCUAUAAUUGUUCAAAAGUGUCGUCUUUUAAUUCAGCUCAAGUUCCUUGUAAUCAUGUCAGACAAUGGAAAUGUUUUCUUCUCCCUCCUGUUCUCACUGAAAGAUCCUGAUUUGACUUAAAAUUCCAGGCCCCAUGUCUUGCUGGGAAUGGGUACCUUUUACCACACGGUAAAGGAAGCAUAUAACACUCCACGUGGACAUCUGCGAGGGAUACUCAAACAGCGAGAUCCAGAAGCAGCUCUUACCUCUGAAAAGAUUGCUUCCUCAUUACAUGUUUUGUUUGUUAAGUUUUCUUACCUUGUAGUGCAGAGCAAGAAGUGGCUAAUGAAGUAUCUUAAAAUGAGGUAAAAAUUGUCUUGAGUCUUAAAACAUGAACGCAACAUCUGUAAACGAACAAAAACACAUUUAAAAUAAUUAGACACUUUUGCUGGGGAAGGACUGUGCUAGUAGUUUUCCUGAAGGAUACAAUGUAAAAAAUGAAAAGUCCCACCCAGUGAGGUCUGAGUUGUGAAGCAGUGUCAUUUCUAUAACAGGUCCUUUUAGAGCAGACACCAGUCAGUCACCCUCUGUCCAGGAGUGGGAUGGAACUGUAUGGGGAAUGUUUAAAUACAAAUGUUAACUUUCCUCAUAAGAAUGCACUUUAAAUUUUCUAUAGUUGAAAUACACAAUUCAGAAACCAUAAAAUUUACCAUUUUGAAGUGUACCGUUUUAUGGGUUUUUUAAAAAAUAUAUUCACAAGGUUGUACAACUGUCACCAUUAUUUAAUUCCAGAACAUUUUCAUCACCCCCAAAAGAAGCCCUUUGCCUUUCAGCAGUCACCCUUCUCUGUUUCUAGAUUUGCCAGUGCUGGACAUUUCACACAUGGGAGAGUUCACUUUAUUUAUUUAUUUAUUUAUUUAAUGUUUGUCAUUGUUUUAAUUUUUUUUCUUUUAUUCAUAUGUGCAUACAAUGUUUGGGUCAUUUCUCCCCCCUUCUGAGAGUUCACUUUAAAUGUGGUAAUUAAGGGCUGGUGGAGUGGCUCAAGUGGUAGAGCGCCUGCAUAGCAAGCCUGAGCUGCCCUGAGUUCAGACCCUAGUACUGCCAAAAAAAAAAAAAAA